AUGAGCCGUUCUCAUAAGCUUUUAGACAAGAACGAAGCAAAACAAAAAUCACAUUUUGCCGUGACAGCAAAAUGUUUAUAUCACCCAGAUCGUGACAUAGAGAUGUACUGUAAAGAGCAUGACAUGGUUUAUUGUUUAAAGUGUAUUGCUACAGACCAUAGGUCCUGUAAGGGAGUGUCAGGUUUAGACGACUUAUCAGUUUCUACUGAUCAGAAAAGAGAAACAGAACGUUUAAAGGCUGACAUUAUUAACACCCAAGAACGUUUAGAAAAUACUGAUAAGAAAACGAAAACAAACCUGAAAAGCAUUGAGGAACAAAGAAAUGACGUCAUUUCGCAAAUAGAGGGAAUUGUGCGCGGUUUGGUAGAACAUAUCCAGAAGUUGGAACGUAAAGCUUUAGAAGGUCUAGAUGCGGAAUAUUCUUUGGUCAAAGGAGAACUGAAGACAAAUAUGUCUAAGAUAAGUAAAGCUAAAAAAGAAAUUGAGCAAGUAGGAAGCAAGCUACAAGACUUGGACAGUAUGGAUAAAAUACAACAAUUUGUUCAGACCAAAAACUGA